CGGAAAUGGGUUUUGGAUAAGACAGUGAAAGCGGCAGCCAGUUGCCCCAGACCACCGGUGGGGAAGUCGCGGCUGUUCAGUUUUAAGAAGUUGCUUCUCGGUCUAGGUGUUCGAGGGCCUCGCAGUGAGGAAACGUCCCCAGCACCAUGGGGGGCGGCGACCUGAAUUUGAAGAAGAGCUGGCACCCACAGACUCUCCGCAAUGUGGAGAAAGUGUGGAAGGCUGAGCAAAAGCAUGAGGCGGAGCGGAAGAAGAUCGAGGAGCUUCAGCGGGAGCUGCGGGAGGAGAGGGCCCGGGAAGAGAUGCAGCGUUAUGCGGAGGAUGUUGGGGCUGUCAAGAAAAAAGAAGAGAAAUUGGACUGGAUGUACCAGGGCCCUGGUGGGAUGGUGAACCGGGACGAGUACUUGCUGGGGCGCCCCAUUGACAAAUACGUGUUUGAGAAGAUGGAGGAGAAGGAGGCAGGCUGUUCUUCUGAGACAGGACUUCUCCCAGGCUCUAUCUUCGCCCCAUCAGGUGCCAAUUCCCUUCUUGACAUGGCCAGCAAAAUCCGGGAGGACCCCCUCUUCAUCAUCAGGAAGAAAGAAGAGGAGAAAAAAAGAGAGGUAUUGAAUAAUCCUGUGAAAAUGAAGAAAAUCAAAGAAUUGUUGCAAAUGAGUCUGGAAAAAAAGGAGAAGAAAAAAAAGAAGGAGAAGAAAAAGAAGCAUAAGAAACACAAGCACAGAAGCUCAAGUAGUGAUCGAUGCAGCAGCGAGGACGAGCGUAGCCGAGGGAGAUCUCAAAAGAAGAGGGCAAAUUCUUAUCCUGUUUUGUCCAGAGUCCCUGGAUAUGGCUUACAGAUCAGGGACUCUGAUCGUAGCCAAAGACUGCAGGGUGCUGAACAAAAGGGGGUACACAAGUCUAAGAACCACUCCAGAUCCAGAAGCUCCUCCCACUCACCUCCCAGACAUGCCAGCAAGAAAAGUACCAGAGAAGUAGGGUCUCGGGACAGGAGGUCGCGAUCCCCAGGCAGAAGGUCGCACUCCCCAAGGCCAAGCAAACAGCACAACUCUAAGGUAACAAGGAGAGACAGAGGCCGAACUAAGAGCCCAUCGCCUAAAAAAGAGGUUUACCAAAGGCGGCAUGCUCCCGGGUACACCAGAAAACUCUCAUCAGAGGAAUUAGAGCGAAAGCGGCAAGAGAUGAUGGAAAAUGCCAAGUGGCGGGAGGAAGAGAGACUGAACAUCCUGAAGCGGCACGCUAAGGACGAGGAACGGGAGCAGCGGCUGGAAAAGCUAGACUCCCGGGAUGGGAAGUUUAUCCACCGCAUGAAGCUAGAGAGUGCGUCUACAUCCUCUCUGGAGGAUCGAGUGAAACGGAACAUCUACUCUCUGCAGAGGACCUCAGUAGCUCUGGAGAAGAACUUCAUGAAAAGAUGAAAACCAUCCCCUCUCAUGUGUUUUCCUGAAUUUUCCAGGGAGGCCACUGACCACUUAAACAUUCUCUUUAUAAGAGUUCAGGUGACUUCUUCCACAGAUGUCAAAGCACCACUGUUCAAAGUGACUCUUGAUUCCUGAAGCAGCUCACUUUUGAGAACCAGUGUGACUUGCUUUAUGGAGCACUCAGUGACUUUUUAUGGGUCUCGACCUGUUUCUUAAAAAGCAGGUACUAGAUCCUCUAGAUGUGAGGUCGGAUGCUGCUCUGGAAGACUGCUGCCCGUGGUCGUGAUGUUUAUUCUGUUCUAUCCCCCCAGUCUGGCGAACAGACUUACCCAGCACCUCUGUAUAGACUAUAGUCUUCAGAAAUAGCUCUCUCCAUGGUCACCCAGAUAAAUUGUGUUUGUUUGGGUAAAUGAACAUCCACUUAACUUGGGAGUUAUGUGACAGGAUGAUGUCAGGUUAGGUUAGAGCCAAGGGAAUGACAGGGAGUCUAGAAAAAAAUACAAACAAGCCCUAAGUGAACUGUUGAACCAUUUGGAUUAUAUUUUGAACUGUAAAAGUGUAGUGUGUAUAUAUGUACAAAUGUGUAAUUUUUACGUGCUUUUUAAAAAAAAGUUAGCUUUGUGAGACUAUCUCAGUUGGUAAAGACUGCUGUGUGAGGAAGCCACCCCAUCUUGUGUGGAGUCACAGUAAGGCAGUCAGGUGCGCCUGGCCCUCUGCAAAUCCCGCUAGUUUUAAGAGGGACCUUUGUUUAUGGAUAGGGUCUAGAUUAGCUCCCCUUUUAUAGGGCUUGGUCUCUGGUGUGACCUGUAGUGGUGAAGUCAAAUAAUUUUAGGAGUCAUUAUGCAACCUGGCUCUUAAACAGAAGUUAUUUAUUUCUUGGCUUCCCUUUUAUCAUGUAAUAAUCACAUAAUUCUAGGUUUCCAGGAAUUGUUUCCUACUAUUUUUUGGUCAGGUAUUAAAAAACCCCAAAAACUCCUGA